AUGGGCAGAAAGAAUAUGAUCAAUCAAUUGCAAGAAUUAGUUGUGAAGUAUGUGAAAUUAUCUCCACAAAGGUGGAACACAUUUAAGCAAUGUUGUUACAAUGAAGAUAUUACUUGUAAAAGUAGUGUAUGCUUAGAUGUAGCAACCCAUUGGAACUCCACUUAUAUGAUGUUUGAUAGGGCUGAAAAGCUUCAAAAAGCAUUGCAACGGCUAGAGGAUGAAGAUCCGGGUUAUGUUAAGAGUGUUGGGGAGGAUGAUAGUGAGGAUGAUGAUGGUGUUAGUGAGUUGGGUAAAGGAGAGGCAUCCACAUUAGGGCCUCCAACCAUGGAUGAUUGGGAUAAGAGUAGUUCAAAAGUUCUUAUAUUGGUGGAUCGGGUUCAAGAUGCCUUGACUCGUUUAUAUGAUAGUUAUUGUGAAAAUGAUGGAAGUAAUAUUGGGGCACCAGAUCAAACUAUGAGCCAAUCAAGCGAGAAAGGGGCUAGUAGUACAAGUUCAACUGCUAGGGUAGGUCAAGAUGAUUUCAGAUCAUUAAUCCAUGCACAAAUUAAGAAGCGUUUGGAGUCAGAGAACUCUUUGGAGACUAAAUCUGAAUUGGAGAGAUAUUUAUGUGAAAAAUGUGAAGGAGAUGAUGUGAAAUUCAACUUGUUGACUUGGUGGAAGGUCAACUCCAUUAAAUGCCGCAUGCUUUCAAUAGUUGUGCAAGAUGUUUUUGCAGUUCUGAUAUCUACAGUGGCCUCUGAGUUAGCUUUUAGCACAGCAGGUCGAGUACUUGAUCCUUUCCGCAGUAGCCUAUCUCCACUUAUGGUAGAAGCCCUUAUUUGUACACAAAAUUGGCUCCGUUCUUCUAUCCCGAUUAACAUUCGCACUUUAAUGGAUGAUGUUGAGGAGUUUGAGAAAAUUGAUACAGGUAUGUAG